AUGUCGAACCCUCCGGUACCAGUAAUUUUAAGCGAUUUGGCUAUCCCUAAACCAUCGAUCCCUUCGAUCGCUUCGCUCAAACAACGACACAAGCCAAUUGCCAUUUUCUCGGAUUUCGAUGGUACUAUUUUUCACCAGGACACUGGUCACAUUUUAUUUGAUAACCAUGGAUGUGGCCCAGAAAAGCGUGAAUACCUAGACGGGGCCAUCGGAAAAGAAUUAAGUUUCAGAAAGGCCUCUGAAAUUAUGUGGGGUUCUUUAAAUGUUACUCUGGAAGAUGCUCUUGUCACUUUGAAGAAGAACCUUGUCAUUGACAAAGAUUUCAGGGCUUUUUUCGCUUACUGCCAAGAACAUGAUAUUCCUUUUUCUGUCAUUUCGGCCGGUAUUAAGCCUCUGUUAAGAGCUGCUUUGGAUGAGUUUUUGGGCACUGAAUUGUCUUCUCAGAUCAACAUUGUUUCAAACGACGGUGAAAUUUCCGCUGAUGGUUCUUCUUGGAAACCUAUUUGGAGACAUGACUCGGAAUUGGGCCACGAUAAGGCUAAAUCUGUUAUUGAAUUCAGAGAGUCUGUUACUGGUGUUCAACCUCUGAUUGUUUUUAUCGGUGACGGUGUCUCCGAUUUGGCUGCUGCCAGUCAAGCUGAUAUCAUCUUUGCCAGACGUGGACUGAAAUUCGAGGAAUACUGUAUUGAACAUCGUUUCCCUUAUGUUCCUUACGAUUCUUUUGCUGAUAUUCUUGUCGAUAUCCGUGCUUUAGUCCGUGGUAAUGAGUAUCACGAUCCUAAUGGUACUGUUUCUCCUUCCGAGGUUAACAGUCCUAGCUCGGUUUCAAUCAAUGAAGAAGCUGGUGUAGCUCCAUCUGCUCCUCCCGCUCCUUCAGCUGCUGUAAAUGCUACCAGUGCCGCUGCUGCUGCUGGAGCCAUUGGUACUAGCAACACUCCACCUCCACCUCACGCCACCCCUACAUCUGCUCUCAGUGGCAUCCCCAGCCAUUUCACACAACCUGCCACUACGACACCAUUAGACCCUAUAAAGUUCGCUGCUAAGGAGUCAUAUUUUGCCACUCAUGACGAGAGACUCGCCACCACUGACGCCUCUGUCCCAAAUACCGAGGAAGAGCCCCCAAGACCUCAGUACAUCCGAAAUCACUCGAUCGGCACUCCUCCCUCGACCGCUGUUGGUAAGUAA